AUGCUUUGCAUGAAAUUUUUAUCAAUAUUAUGUGUUUUAUUUAAUUUAGCUCUCAGUUUCAAAUUAGAAGCUGAUUUAGUUGUCAGAGAAGACAACAGUGAUAUUGUUUCCAAUAAUGGAACCAAAUAUAAAGGUAUCAACCUUGGUGGUUGGCUUGUUACUGAACCUUAUAUUAGCCCAUCAUUGUACAAAGAUGCUAUUGAUCUUGCAAAGAAGAAAGGGUCAAAUAUCAAUGUCACUAACGAAUAUACUCUAUGUGAAGCAUUAGGAUACGAUGAUGCCAAAAAAUUGUUAGAUAAACAUUUUAAGACUUGGAUUACUGAAGAAGAUUUCAAGAAAAUUAGUGAAGAGGGUUUUAACUAUGUUAAGAUUCCAAUUGGUUAUUGGGCUUGGAAGGUAGACAAUACCACUAAUUUGUAUCCUGGAAAUUAUACUUUCAAUGAUCCAUACGUGAACAGCAUUCAAAGAGAUUGUUUGGAUAAUGCUUUAGAGUGGGCUUUGAAAUAUGAUUUAAAAGUUUUAGUUGAUCUGUAUGCAGUUCAAAAUUCUACAAACUACUUUUAUGAUAUCUCUGAUUUAUUAACUGCUUUUUGGACAAAAGAAAAUUCCACUGAGGUUACUUCUCAAAUUCUAAAUGAUUAUUUUGAAUAUAUGUUGAAUUUGAAAAAUUCAUCCUCUCUUUCCGGUAUAGAGGUAACAUUUGCACCAAUAACUGUUACUCAAGUGUCUGAUGACCGUCUUGUCAACUUUUAUGUCGACCUUUUUACAUCUUACCAGACAAUAAAGGAUGGUAUCAAGGAACCUAACCCAAAUGUAACUUUCAGAAUUCAACCAGGUUUUGGUAUAGUCGACUUAACUUCUCAAGAUUUAGAUCAACAAUUACAUAACAGCUCUAGUCCAUAUUAUAAGGGCGAAGGAUAUAUUUCUGAUUCACGUUUAGUUGAAGCAGAUGAGGCUGUAUUCAGAGGUUUCAACGCACAAUUUUAUGCCAAUGGCCUAAACAAAUCCAUUGAAAAUAUUGAGACAAUUGCAAGAGGUUUAUCAAAAGAUUCGAACUUCCCUAUAAACUACAUCGGUGGAUGGAGUGGUGCUAUAUCUGAUUGUGCGACAUGGUUAAACGGUAUUAAUACUGGGGCAUUGUAUGAUCAGACAAUCUAUAGGAACCCCACUGAUCUUGAUGCUGAAUCAACCUAUGGUUUCCGUGCUAAGACCUGUGUUUCUCAAAACUCCAUUGAUAAGUGGCCUGAAGAAUAUAAAAUUCAAGUCAGAAAGUUCAUUGAAGCACAAUUAUCAAAUUAUUAUACAAAUACAAAAGGUUGGUUUUUCUGGAAUUGGAAAACAGAAAGUGCAGCUGAAUGGGAUUAUCAAAAAUUAAGAAAGUAUGAUUUGUUUCCUCAUCCAUUUGAUAAUUUUACUUAUUAUAAUAGAAAUGGCGAUUUAAAAUUGUCUAUUACUGAUGAAGAAAAUUCGUCUUCUGCUCUUUCUUCAUCUCUAUCAAUGAAUAGCAGCGAUUCAAGUUCUUCUAGUAUCCUUAGUUCCACAACAACUGUAGAUAGCGCCAAUUCUUCUGUUCAAACUCAAGAAUAUAACAGCACCACUCUUACCCAAGAGAAUAGCUCAACUACUUUUAUUCAGAGCACUGACGAUUUCACUACUAGUAUGAUCUCCAUUAUAAGCACAACCUCUGGUAGUUCCAAUUCAAGGGCUACUACUGAAAGUGUUAGCUCUACAACGUCAACAUUAACUGGUGGUUCUAGAGUUUCAACUCAAACUAGCAAUUCUACUACAUCCACUCAAGCUAUCAAUAAUGUAGAUUCCAACAGAAAUGGUUCCUCUUCUAUUAAAGAUCAUGCAAUUUUGAACUCCAUUUUGCACUUGAGCUUAAUCUUGACUUUCAGUAUAAUUUUCUUAUCCUCUUUCUUUUAG